UUGUUAGGUCCUCUUAUUUUUUUAAACUGCAAAACAAAGCAUGGCUGAGUAUACAUUGCAUACAUGUUUUAUGCCCUCUUCUUCUUUCUCCUUAGAGAUGCAUGAGAAUGUAACAAUGAACCAGUUUGGAGAGUUUAACUCAACCAUCUUGGACAACUUCAGCAACUCGGACAGCUUAGUUGAAAAUUUCCUUGGCUUUCAUGGUCAAAAUCCUGAUUUUCCUUUAAACUCGUCUUACAACUCUCUUGGUACUUCACAUUCAAUCCAUCUGAAUGAAUUUCAAGAUCAUACUACCAACAUGACCAGAGAUAGUUCUCAUGAAACAAAGAAGAUGGAACCACCAGAAACAGGCUCAGAAGAUGUUAGCUCCACAGCCUCUGCAAAUUGCUCGAAAGGCGGUGACAAGGAGAAAAAGAAGAGUUUCGGAAAGGGAAAAAGAAGGAACACUAAGAGAAAACAGGACAAUCCAGAGGAAGUCAUUCAUGUAAGAGCAAAAAAAGGCAAAGCUACUGAUAGUCACAGCUUAGCAGAAAGGGUGAGAAGAGAAAAAAUAAAAAACAAACUAAGCUUCCUGCAAGAGCUUGUUCCUGGAUGCCAUCAGACAAUGGGUUUGGUGAUGAUGUUGGAUGAGAUUAUCAGUUAUGUCCUCUCGCUGCAGAACCAAGUUGAGUUUCUUUCCAUGGAGCUUGAAGCUGCAUGUUCUUAUGACUCCAGCAGACUCAGAAGAGGUAUAAAGAGUGAGCAGGCAACAGGUUCACAUGACACAGAAGAGAUGGGGAAAUGGGUGAGGGAACAAUAUUAGAGAAGAGUUGCUUCUGUGCUCAACAUGUUUGUCCCCUUUGAUUGCACUUCUUUUUGGCACUACUUUAUAUGAGUUUAUAUAUAUGCUGUAAGAAAAGUCACAUCAUGACUAUGCUUCCUUUCCCACUUGUCAACAAACCAAAUCCCUUCUCUUUUACCAUGACUUGGCAAAUUCAUGUCAAUGAUAUUUGAAUCAUUACUUCAAACAAAGGUUUGAAACAAAAUCUGCAAAAAUGUGUAAAUAUAUUUAUGUAUGUAUAAAUCUGUUUCAAGGGACAAACUGUCUUUAGUUUUGACUGUUUGAUGUAAACCUUGUUUUGUACUAUUCUGAUGUAUCAAUGUCGCCAUGUCGGCCAUAGUGGCCAAUAAUGUAUUAGCUUUUAAGGGCUAUAUUUUGUAAAUCUUCUUGGAAGUUCUGUGACAAUUUUCGUAUGAAUUUUAGCAUUUCUUGUGA